AUGCCGAGAAUCAUCAAGAAAGCGAUAACCCCGGUGUUACUGGCGUAUUCGAGGAGGACUGCUCGUAGAAAUUACAGCUCUUCUUCUUCCAUCUUCAUCACCCAACAAUUGAAGAACAGCAGCAGUACCAAUAUCAGCCAUAGUAGUAGCAGUUUAAUUUAUCAAAUUCGGACUCCAACUCGUGACUUCUCUUCUUCUUCUUCUUCUACCGGUAAGAAGGGACCGUCUGGAUCUGAUAAAAUCACAGGUACCGGUGAGGAAGCUGCUGAACAUCUUCUUAAAAAGGUUGUGGAGACACCAAGUGAGUUUCCUUUCAAAAUUGAAGAUAAACCAUGGGAGCAAACCAUAACAUUGAUUGGAGACUACGGCGGUGAUGAGAUCAAAGUCAUAGUUCACAUGCCUACAGAUCAUUCCUCUACUAUCGAGGAAACCGGUGAUGACUAG